AUGCUGACGGGUGGACCGACCAUCGCCUUGUCAUUUCUGAGAUGCAGAUUCGUCUAUAGCCUCGAAGGAGACCUCAAGGUAUGCGACCCCCUGGCAAGCUGAAUAUUGCUCUGUUGUCCUGCCUGCAAUUAGCCAGCUCAACGGCUAGCCAACCUUCCAGUCGCCGCCGCCGCCAUCGAGGAGAACGCCUCCGUGGAGAACCGCUGGUGUCAACUGCGAGACACGGUACAGUCGACGGUGCUAGCCGUCCUCGGUCGCGCACGCCACCAACACCAGGACCAGUUUGGUGACAACGACGCCGUUAUCAGUGGCCGAGAGGAAUCGCCUGCACAAAGCCAACGUGAACUGCCCCACCGACGACAAAAACCAGCCUUCUAUCGUAGUCGCCGCCUUGUGUAA